CCUCGCCUGGCUGGAGGGUUGAAUCAACAAGGUGGAGAAAGAGUCUGCGGAGUAGUUGAGGAGGUUGAGGCUGAACUGGGAACAAUACGUCGUUGAGUGGAUAUCCACCAGUAAGCUCACAUUGUGCUGUUCCCCCAGUGUGAAGUGGAGGAGAGGUGCGCACAUUGCAAAAGCAGAAACAGUAAAUGCGGAAGAUUGAAGUACGCAAAAUAGGUUCAUAAGGAACGGCAAGCAGCAAUCCAUGAGUGGAUAGAUCACACCACUGUGAAUUGGGCACUUGACCUUUCACCUCUAUCUCUAUCCAUGUUCUGCAUUGCAGCUUGAGAUCAUGUCAUCUGAGAGCUUGUUGGAGCACUGCAAUGAGGCCCGGAAUGAUGACGGCAAAGUGCACAAGCAAGGAAAAGAAGUGGAGGAGGACAACCAGGCUGCAGUAACAUUAUCUCCUGCUCGUGAUGUCGUAGAGGGACUGGUGACCGUCCAGGUGAAGGAGAUGCAAUCUGGUCAAUUCAAAAAGGGACGGAUCCGGAUAGCUUUGAACAAAAAGAGACAUGACAGAGACUCAGUCAAGGAAAGGGUGCAGCAUGUUGAAGAGCACAGAGGUUCUGGCCCUUUUUUCUUCUUUGGAGGAGCCAAUGGUGCUGAGAUAGUGAGCACUUACUGUGAGGGAAGAGGAUGGAAGAGGACAUACAACAAGCACAGGGAGGACUUCAAACUCAAGUGGUGUGAGACCAAAUCUCCAGGCACGUACCGCAACUUCAGAGAAGGAGAACAACUGGUUUAUCAGAUCCCCAACAACAAGGUUCUCACCACCAAGAUUGGCCUGCUGAGCAGUCUGAGGGAGUACGAGCGAGUCACUUGCAAAGUCAACCACGGCCGAGUGUUCAGGAAGAUGAAAAUGAAGGAGUUUAUUCCUACAACCUUCCGUUUGGAUGUGAAGGAAGAGCGAGAGGCUUUCUUUGCUCAGCAGGAGGCAGGUUCACACAUCAAUUCCAGUCAAAUGUGGAUAUGCAAGCCCACUGGUCUGAACCAGGGCAGAGGAAUCUUCCUACUGAAGAGCAUGGAAGACGUUGCCGCCUUGACCCUGAAGCUGCAACACAUGGACGACCUGCGGACCAACACUAAGACUCUUCAUCGCCAGCCUCAGGCUUACAUUGUCCAACAUUACAUCCAGAGGCCGCUGCUGUUACGAGGGAAGAAGUUUGACGUGCGCUCUUUUCUCCUAAUAGCCUGCACGUCACCUUACAUGGUCUUCUUUCGCCACGGAUACAUCCGACUGACCUGUGACCACUAUGACCCCAGCUCCAAUAAUCUCUCAGCCCACCUGACCAAUCAGUACAUGCAGAAGAAGAACCCUCUGUACAGUCGCAUGAAGGAGGAGACCGUGUGGUCCAUGGAGAGCUUCAACGCCUAUGUUAACGAUUGCUUUCAGGUUGCAAAGGAUCUGCCAAGGGACUGGGUGCUGGGCGCCUUCACAAAGUACAUGCAGCAGAUGAUGACACAGUGUUUCCUUGCUGUCAAACACAAGCUGGACCGCAGGCUGGGUUUCUUCGACUUGAUUGGCUGUGACUUCUUGGUGGACGAGGACUUCAAGGUGUGGCUUUUGGAGAUGAACUGUAAUCCAGCCCUCCAUGUCAACUGUAAGGUGCUGAAAGAGGUGAUACCCAGCACUGUAGCAGAGACACUGGAUUUAACUCUUGAGAUCUUCAACAAGUGCCGUCUGAGACAGCGGAUCUUGCCUUUGGCCUGUCAGAGGGAGUUUGUACUCCUGUACAACGGACUUUGUGGCUCGCAUUCCGACAACACUGGAAAGAGCCACAAAGUCUCAAGAAAAAUCCAAAAGACUAGGCCCAGACGGGUACGUGGGACAACGCAACUGAGACAGCCCACACAUCUUCUGACAGCUCUUCAAGUGUCGCCACCUUAAACCGUCAUAGUUAUGUGGAGAUCAAAAUGAGCACAUGCGCAAUGCAGCAUCACCAUGCAUGUGAGGAUGCGUUGAAACACUGAUUUAAUGCAACAAAUAGAAAAUAUUUGCAUGUUCAGUGAGUAACUAGUAUAUUCUUCGAUGAACCUCAAGUUUAUUUUUUUAAGUACGUAAAUCAUGUACACUUUACAUUUGCAAACAUGUCAUGCAUGUAGGUUCAUUAUGCUAUUUAGAUCUCAAGUUGCCUUGUAAAUGAAUAAAUACAGAAAUUAUACACAAUUACACAUUCAUAAUUUAUUAUAAAACAAAUGUUAGUAAAUGUCUUGUAUAUACAGCAUUGCUUUUUCCUUAGAGUGCCACUUGUUGCUAGGCAGAGUUCAUAGGGCUUAGGGAUGACUGUACCAUCAGCCAAUGAAAAAAGAGAAAAUAAAAACUGCAUAAUCAGA